AUGGAGCUUGCUUUACUUGCGAUGUUUAUUCUUGGAGCUAUGCAGCAGUCUAUGGCAUGCACGUAUACGCCGGCACGACAAGAGAUCACAGUAUUCGGGACUAAGAAGUACUAUUGUGAUUACGAAGUCGGAAGAGGUAACUCAACUGUAAAAUUAUCUGUGAUACCGGGCUCCAGGUUCCGUACCAGUGAGUGUUCCGAAUGUCACUGCACCAGAAACGGACUGCAAUGCUGCGGGUACGGAAUUCGUUCAGCGAAUCUGGUAGUCCCAACAGAGUGCAAGGUAUUACCAGAUGGUUGUGAGCCACGACUGGUCUUGAAGUCGGACAAUAAAUCUGAGUGUAAGUCUAUGAAGACGCCAGUCAGAUCAAGACCAGGACAUGGACAGAACGUGAAUUCUCGUGUACAGACUGGAAGGAUUAGACCUCAGGCGACCCAGACAAUGCCAACUGCAGCUCGCCAAGACGAAGGAAAGCAAGUUCCAGAGAAUCACGGCCCACCACGCCAAGCUCCCAGACAGAAAGCUAACGUGCAAGUCCAAGGACACCAGGGUCAACUACGUCAAUCACAAGGGAAACUGGUCUCUAGAAAUCAAAUCCCAGGCAAACAAGGACCAAGACUUCAAGCUCCAGCAAAACAAGCAGCUGGAAACCAAGCUGUUAUUCAGAAGAAGACACUCCCGAACAAGAGUGUGUUGAUGUCUUUACGUCCAGCUCAACUCGCAUCCACGCCAGCACCAGUCAAACCAACAAUUCAAGCCCAGCACAGGAGACCGGCACCCAGACCAUCGGCAAACAGGUCAUGGCGAUACAACCCAUUCCGACACAGAGCCGCAAUGAAUGAGGAAAAUAUGCAGUUAAUGCAACAGAUGAUGCUUUUCCAAGCCUUAUCUGGUGGACAGGUUAAUCCACUCCAGAGUUUGAUGUUGAUGAACAUGUUAGAGAUGUAG